AUGCGCACCAAGGACAGAUCACGGGCGACGCGCUACGCGGGAGGGGAAGACGACGAUGCCGCAGCCGUUGCUCUUGUCUCCAUGGGACCUCCUGCCAUGUGCGCUGUCUUCUCACUGCCCGACCCUGACGAGGCGAUCGAGGAGGUGGUGAAGGCAGCGGAAGAGGAGAGGAUCAGAUUCAAGGGUCUGAUGAGAUCGCUCAAUCUCAACGUGCAAGAGAUGAAGAAUAAGGACAGGACCCUCUGUUUCUUCAAGCUCUCAGCCCCUGAUACGAUGCUCCGCUAUGAAGCACAGGAGAAAGGCGUCAGGCUACGACUGAGGGAGCACUUGGGCAGUGCAUUGUGCAAGUACACGGGGGAACUUGAAGCCAAGAAAGCGUUUACAAAGACCUCGGAUGGCUUCGAACUUUUCUGCAGUCAACAGCAGCUGACAAUAAUCGAGGAGGUGUCAAGGACAGAGCCAUGGAGAAAUGAUGGGGAGGAGAAGCUCAAGUUUGAGUUUGAAGCGAAGAUGAGCGAGUUCGAGGGCUGCGGACGGUCGGGGAUGGGAUCAAAACUUUGUGCAUAUUUUCCUCUUCAUCAUGAGAGGAUUCGACUGAAACUUAUCAGCGAGUGGAGUACGAGGCCUUUCAGUCCACAGCCGCUUGAAAUCAUUCGUGAAUAUUUCGGGGAGAAACAUGCUCUGUUCUGGACUUGGUUUGGUUUCUACAUCACUAUGUUGUGGAUUCCCGGGAUCCUCGGAGCCAUUCUCUUCGUUCUGCAGAUACAAGACUAUAUGGAAGUCAACAGCAUGGAAAGCCCAUACAUGCUCGUGUAUGGAGUCAUUCUCAGCAUGUGGACGUCGGCGUUUUCUUGCUUGUGGAAGAGCUUGGAGAAGACUCGACAAUUUGAGUGGGACACCGUUGCGUUUGAAGAGCAGGAGGAGAUACGGCGAGAGUUCAUGGAGGACGAGAAGACGGAGCAAGGAAAGCAUGACAACGAGGUGACAGGGGAGAAGGACGCCUACUACUUCGACGAGGGAGAGUACUUUCCGAUCCCAACAGGGAGGUCGAGGGAGAAAGCCUGGACAUACGCCGUCAUCUUGGUUGUGGAUAUUGUCAUCAUAUACCUUCAGAUCUUCCUCUGGCAGAUGCUAUAUUCGCUUAUCAACGUCGAGGACAUCAUGGUCGGCAGCGUCAUGUACGGCAUUGCCAGCAGCUUCGUCAUCUUUGCAGCAGACUGUGCCAUGGACGGUGUGCCUGAGUUGGGCUUCCAAGGAAUAGUAGACCGACUGACAGACAACGAAAACUGGGACACGUUCACGAGGUACGAAGACGCUCUGAUCAUGCACACCUUCAUGUACAAGAUGGUCAACAAGUUCUUCCCGCUGCUAUGGGUCGCUUUCUUUGCGAACAACGUCAAGGUAGACCAUCUUGUCUCUACCACAACGACUGAUGUGUGUUGCCUUGCCAAGGUCUCCGGACAGUACUGGCGGUGUUACAACUGGGAGUGCUACCCUGUCUUGUCUAUCGUGCUAGUCACACAAGUUGUUCUCCUUCAAAUCUUUUACUACGUGCAGCUGUAUGUCUUCCCCUCAGUAAGGAAGAUGCUGUCGCAAGAGGGCAAACCGGUCCCUCCCUCAGGCAUGCGAGUCAUCCGCGCUCCCAUGGAGAUUCAGUACGAAUGGCAUGAGCCAGGUGCCGUCGUGGACUUUUACAUGGUGUUGGUGUAUCAGCUCGGAUACGUGGCUAUGUUCGGCCUGGCCUGCCCCGUUGUGCCCCUGUUGUGCAACGUGGUGAACAUGUUCGAGCUAAGGAGAAAGGCAAACUCCAUCCUCUGCGAGACGCGCAGGCCCGGGUAUGAGUGCGCCUCGGACAUCGGGACUUACCAACAGGUCAUCGACGUCUUUGCAGUUCUCUCCAUCAUCACAACCUCCGGGUUGCUGGGUAUAACAUCUCAUGGCAUCUACUUCUACUUCCCGGACAUGACCAUGGCCGACUGCAUGUGGGCGACCCUCGUGUUCGAGCACAUCCUCUUCCUUGGCAAGCUCUUGCUGGAGAGCGUGAUCCCCACCGAGCCUGCGGAGGCGCGAGCCAACUACGAGCUGCAGCAGGAGAUGAAAGUGAAGAUCCUGACCAACUGGAACAUCCCAGACCCUGAGACUUACUGA